GUCUGAUCUGUCCAUUGUGUUAGCCUUUGAUAUAAAAUGGUGAUGCCCUGGUCCCAUGUUAAUCAUUGGUUGGUGCCUCACUUUUGAGCUAAUAGCAAGAAACUCCACCAACCACUGCUUCUGAAUAACAAAAGUCAAACUGUGCAUGCCAAGACCAAGACUUGGGAAUAGCAUAUCAUGGACCAUAUAUUGUGCCUGUCUCUGGUCAUUCCAUUGUCGUUCCCUUACAGUAGCUGUUCUCCCUCUUCCAACCAAUAUGGCUGCUAAGCUUGGGCAUCUAGCCCAAGGAGCUGCAUCGGUACUUUGCCUGUUGAUUUUCUUUGUAGAGCCGUCUGAUUCCCGUGCUCAGGCGAGGAUAUCAGGUGGGAAUGGAACCUGCAUCAGCAGGGAGCGGGAUGCGCUUCUGUCCUUCAAGGCGGGCCUUCUGGACCCUGCUGGCCGUCUCUCCUCAUGGCAUGGUGAAGAUUGCUGUCAGUGGGCGGGAGUCCGGUGCAGCAGCAGAACAGGCCAUGUCGUAAAGCUCGACCUCCGCAACAACUACGUAUUGAGGUAUCUUGACAUGAGCUACAAUGACUUCAACCACAUAAGCAUUCCUGCGUUCAUGGGCUCCCUACAGAAGCUAAGGUAUCUCAACCUCUCGUCGUCAGGUUUCGGUGGGAGAAUACCUUCCCAACUCGGUAAUCUCUCAAAUCUGCAAUAUCUUGAUAUUAGUGGGGAUUAUUACAAUGUUCUGUACACGUUGGACCUCUCAUGGUUGUCACAUCUAUCACUGUUGAGUUAUCUUGACUUGACCGAAGUGGACCUCCGUGCUGUGCGGGGUUGGGUUCACAUGGUUAACGGGCUUUCUUCUCUAAAAGUGCUUCGCUUAGUAGAUUGUGGCCUUACCAGCAUAGUGUCUGCUACUUCAAAAUCAAAUCUCACACAUCUCCAAGUCCUUGAUCUAUCAUCCAACUCAUUUGACGCAACACUAGAGCAUAACUGGUUCUUCUGGGAUCUCACAAGCCUGAAGGAGCUUCACCUCUCCCGUUGUGAGUGGCAUGGACCUAUUCCUGAACAAUUGGCAAACAUGACAUCCCUUGAAGUAAUAGAUUUUAGUGCAAAUGAUCUUGUGGGUUUGAUACCGAACAACUUAGAAAAUUUGUGCAGUUUGAAAGUGCUGAAUUUUGAUGAUAACAACAUUGAUGCGAGUAUUGGGGAGUUCAUGGAUCGGUUGCCAUGGUGCUCAUGGAGUACAUUACAGAAGUUGUCAAUGAGGAAUACGACUAUGACCGGAAACCUACCGCUAGAAGUUGGAGCACUUGGUAACUUGACAUUGUUGAGUCUCGGCAAUAAUAAACUCGAUGGUGUGCUCGUGAAGGAACAUUUUUCAGGCUUAUUGAAUUUAGAGUAUCUGGACUUGUCGGCCAACUCCUUGAAAAUGGAUAUUGAACCAAAUUGGAUUCCUCCGUUUAGACUAAAGCACAUAAAUUUAGAGUCAUGCACAGUAGGCCCCCGUUUUCCAGAGUGGCUUAGAUGGCAAACUAGCAUUGAUUAUCUUCUUCUUGGAAAUACAAGUUUGGAUGAUGUUAUUCCUGAUUGGUUUUGGGUGACAUUUUCCCAAGCUUCAGCUUUGGAUGCAUCAGAAAACAUGUUGCGUGGUUCAUUACCGUCAAAUCUACAGCACAUGGCAGCCAUCAGUAUUGGUCUGGAGAGAAAUAAUCUUACAGGUCUAGUUCCACGGCUAUUCCCUAUAAAUAUAACAAGCUUAGAUCUCUCUUCAAACUCUUUCUCAGGGUCAUUGCCAGCAGAGCUAAAAGCACCACAAAUUUUUAUGUUGUCAUUGGCAGAUAAUAAAAUUACAGGCACCAUUCCAUCAUCUAUGUGCCAAUUGACUAGUCUAGCACGGUUGGACUUGUCAAGAAACAAAUUAACAGGAGAUGUUGUGCAGUGCUGGAAGGAGUCAGAUAACAAUUCUUCAGUGUCCAGAGCAAACUCUGCAGAUCAAUUCGGUUCUCGGAUGUAUAGUCUAGACUUGAGCAACAAUGGUCUCUCAGGUGAAUUCCCUAAAUUUCUUCAGAGUGCCUCACAAUUGAUGUUCCUUGAUCUUUCAUAUAAUAGGUUCUUUGGAAUAUUGCCAAAGUGGUUACCAGAAAAAAUGCCACGAUUGGAAAUUUUGACGGUGAGAUCAAACAUGUUCAGUGGUCGUAUUCCCAAGAACCUUACUUGCCUUGAAAAUCUUUAUUAUUUGGACAUGGCCCAUAACAAUAUAUCAGGAAGCAUACCAUGGUUGCUAUCAAACUUGAAAGCAAUGAGAGUCAUAUAUAAGGAUGCAAAUGACUAUGUUUAUGCGGAUAGCAUGCCAGUAAUCACAAAAGGCCAAACACGUGAUUAUACUGUGGGCGUCUUCAGCCAAGUUGUGAAUGUUGAUCUGUCAUGUAACAGUUUAACAGGACAUAUUCCAGAGCAGAUAAGUUUGCUCAUUGGGCUCACCAGUUUGGACUUAUCAAGUAAUCAGUUGACUAGCAAAAUCCCAAACAAGAUUGGUGAUCUGAAGCAGUUGCAGUCCCUCGAUUUAUCCAACAACAAGUUUUCUGGUGAAAUCCCGUCAGGUUUGUCGGCUCUAACCUAUCUGAGCUACUUGAACUUGUCAUACAACAACUUAUCAGGCCCGAUACCAUCCGGGCCGCAGCUGCAAACUCUCGGCAACCAGAUUGAUAUCUACAUCGGCAACCCCGGUCUCUGCGGUCACCCUAUCUCCAAGAACUGCUCUACCAGUACUACUGACGCAGAGCAAAGUGUCGUCCAUGAAGAUGCAGAUCAUAUCGCGUAUCUCUACCUUGGGAUGAGCAUAGGGUUUGUGGUCGGCCUUUGGACGGUGUUUUGCACCAUGUUACUGAGGAGAACCUGGGCGAUUUCCUACUUCCAGUUUGUUGACAAGCUGUAUGACGAGGUUUAUGUAAGGGUGGCUAUAACUCGGGCUCGCCUGAUGAAGAAGACCCGCAAAGAUGCAGCGUGAGUGGCCUGCUUCAUGCGCAGUUGAACUGCCCAAGAGAUGUAUGUUUGGUGUGUACUACUAUAUGUACUAGUUUCUGGUGCAAUUAUUAGCUACCUGUAAAAGGUAUUUAAUGUAUUGCGACACAAUAUAUUGUAUGGUUGUAAACAGAUUUUUCUGGUCUGAUUGUAAACCACUCGAUCAUAUAACUACAGACAGAUA